CACGAUACAGGUGCAAACACCACAAAAAUACACCCUUCCAUUAAACAGCUUCAGAAAUCGGAAGGGUUUAAGCUUUAGCGAAUUAAAACAGGUAAAAGGGUAGCAGCACAAAAAGGGGCAAAUCUCGUUGUGCUUGAAUAAAACAGUAGAAAAAUGAGCGAUGACACAAAGAAACGCAGCAAUGGAGCAGGCGGUGCAGCUGGAGGUGCGGGAUUUAGGGCUAAGUUAGACCACUAUUUGUACAGCGGUGAAAAGAAACAUGUCUUUGCAGGCAUCGCCAUAUUUGGAGUCAUCUUUGGCAUUCCAUGGUAUCUCAUGAACCAGGUUUAUGGGAAGUUAGAAGCUGUGCGCUCGAAAUCUUAUACUGGACCAGUUGAGAUGUCUUUCAUGGCACAAAGCAUCAAUCUCAUCAAGAUUACUUGGAAAAGGCCGAUAAAGCUAGGAGUGCCAGGCUUUCUGCUAGUUCAUCCACGCCUAAAUGAAGACAAUAAGUCUCCAUCAUUUCAUUUUAUUCCUUUUUUCUUUUGGAAAUACUUCCUAUAAGUUGGUUGUNUAUGAAAUUACAAGUUUUUGUAUGAA